CACUAACCCGGGUUCAAAGACCCGCUAUCUGUUUCUCUCUCUAGAAACAAAAAACGAAAGACUUUGCUGCUGCGAGGUUGUAAACCUCUCUCUCUCACACACACACAUACUCACUUACAUUGCACACUUCACAAAUUACACCACCCAAAGAGAGGCUCUUCCUUUCUCCUUCAAUUAACCCGCCAAAAGGUCUCUCGAGGAUAUUUAUACUGAUUCAGUCUACUCUAAAAGGAGUAGAAUUCACAUUGAAUUUCUUCAAACGGCGUCGUUUUUGUUGCUUAGGGUUUGAUGAUGGAUUCUACCGUUGAGAUUCAACCGGAGAUCAGAUCUGACGGUGUGGGAGAGAAGAGGAAGGUUGAUGAGGUGGAAUUGGAAGGAACGGUUUCGAAGAAGGCGAGGGGUAAUGUGAUUGGGAAUACAAAGAAGGUUGCUGAAAUGGUGCUUGUACUUGCUGCUAUGGGGAAGAUAAGAGGAGGUAAGGUUCCUACUGCUGCCGAGAAGGAAAUGAUGGCAGAGGCAAGGGAAAAAUUGGCUGAGGUAUGCCAAAAUUUUGCGCCCAAAGAUGUGUUUCCGAGAGAUGCUUUUGGUGCUGUCAUUGAGGAUCUUGGUCUUAAUAAGUUGAAGGAACAAAGGCUAGGGUUUCGCCCUCCCAAAAUGUCCAUUGCUGAGAAGUUAUUGAUAGCCAAAGAAAAGUUGGAAAGAACUGAGGAAUUUUCUGUACCCGCUGCCGCGUAUGCAUCUCAACGGUCUCAAGCCAAUAUGGCUACACCAAUUGAAAACCGUGGUCCAUCACAUGUUCGUAAGUUUCCUCCUGACAAAGCAAGUCAUGUGGUAAAUCCCUCCGGAAUCUUCCAACCUGUACCUUUGGUUCAUGGAACUCCGGCAAGUUCUGCGCCAUUACCUUAUCAGCUGCCUACCAGUGAGGUCAGGCCAGUAAGUUCUAGUGGAGUGGUCUCUGGUAAUCCAGUUAGGGAUUCUUCUCUCGUUGCAUUGCCCAGAGUUGAAAGGACAAAUCUCAGAAUGGAUGGACGACCAAAUGGAUCUUCCCAUAUGUUGCAAGUUCAAGCAACUUCUGGAGAUCACUCAGCUGUUAGAACUCCAACCUGGUCGGUGCAUCCUGCGUCAGUUCCAGCAGCUAAACGUGGACCAGAUAACAGGGUGACAGCACAGACUACUGUUAAAGUUGAGGGAGGAGCUAAUGUCAAAUCAGGUAUGGCACCACAAAUGACAGCAUCUAGGCCAUUUAUCACUCAGACCACAGCUGGAAAUCCACCAACUACACACCCACAUUUACAAGGGAGGAGCUUUGUCCAGUCUCCUCCUUUGAGCAAUACUCAUGCUGAAAUUGGCAAGAUUGUUCAGAAGUUUGUACAACCACGCUUCUCUCAGCGGCUUGCCUGGACUUCGCCAUCUCGCGAUUAUAUGAGUAAGUAUUUGAGUUGCGAAAUGUGCACGUCAACGAUAAAUGAGGUUGAUAAUGUUCUGGUUUGUGAUGCUUGUGAGAAAGGGUAUCACUUAAAAUGUCUCCAGAAGACACAUCAAAAAGGAGUUCCUAGAGGGGAAUGGCAUUGUGGAAGGUGCUUGUCGAUGACCAAUGGAAAACCCCUGCCUCCUAAAUAUGGUCGUGUUAUGAGGAAUAUCAAUGCCUCUAAAAUAUCUACAAUUGCAUCAGCUGUUCAAUCAUCACCUGAUAAAAGAGCUUCUGGUCUAGAUGAGAAGGUCAUUCAACAGAAGAUAAUAGCAAAUGGAAAGGUUCCUUUGAAGAACGCUCCUCCUGUUACUAUGGUAAAUAACGAUAGGAAUCUACCAUCUGAGUCAAAGAUGGAAAAUGACAAAGAAAUGGGAGGAAAUAUUAUCGUGUCGGGUAAAGAAAAUAUGGCGAGUAAAGAUUUCAUGAUAUCCUGUUCAAAUAAUCAGACAGUAUCUUCUGGUGGUCAGCAUCUUUCUGCGUCUGCUGGUUCAUCAGUUGAUAGAUCUUGUGAUGAGAAAGUGGUUGAGUUGAAACCUGAGGCUCCUGUAAAACUUGAAACAGUUUGCCGUUCAUCGGAUCCCUCACAAGCUCUUAAUCACCUGCAAACAAAUGACCAUGCAGCAGUGGUAAACACAGCUGAGAUGCCAUCAAAGCAGUUUCAUGAAACCCAACCCCUGGCCAGCGAUGGUAGGGGAUCCAGUGCUAGAGGAAAUGUAGGUAGCAGUUCAAGUAAUGAAUCUAAAAAAGAAGAGCAAGCUGUUAAACAAAUUAAUCAGGCUGAAACUGCCACCAGUGUGGAUGCUGAGUGUAGUAGCUCAUCAUCGGAUCAUGUUCAAAAUGUUGAUUGGAUCGGGAAUGUUCUUCAAGUUGCAGAUGACAAGUAUUAUUAUCAAUCUUGCCGCAUUAAUGGAUUCAUAUAUAGUGUUCAGGACUAUGCUCUAAUCCGUUUUGAGAAUGAGAGAUUGAUUCCUUCAAAGCUUCUGGCUAUGUGGGAGGACAAAAAAGCGGGAACAAAGUGGGUUACUGUCAAUCAAUGUUACUUUGCACGUGAAUUACCACAGUCUGUAGGCCGCCCAUGCUUGGAGAACAAUAAUGAGGUUUAUCUAUCUACUUAUAGUAGCAUAGUAAUGGCCGGCUUGAUACAAGGUCCGUGUGAAGUACAUCCUCCGCGAAAGUUUACUGAAGAAAGUGAGAGGAGAGCUCGCCUAGCAAAAGGGUCUACUGAUGUAUCACGGCCUCUUUACAUAUGCAAAUGGAUUUAUGAUGAAUCAAAAGGGCUAUUUCGUGAUGUCUCUUGUUGAUAGGGGUCAGAUUAAAAUUGUCUGUCUAUUGCAACUGCUAUUGGCUGGUGGCUUUUAUCAGCUUGUUGCAGCACUGGCCCCUUGACAUUUGUGGAGGAAAUCCCAGAUGGUGUACAUUAUUUAGCUUUAGGUCCGAUCUGUAUCAUUCUUCCAGUAGUUAUUUAUGUCCUGUCCCUCCAGUUUCUUUUUCUUUCUAAGUUUGUUAGAUUAUAGCAAUCUCAAGAGGUGCGAAACCUAUCCUUUUAUAUGUCGUAACUGCCAUUCCAAGAGAGCAGUAGGUUGAAUAUCAUUCGUUCAGCAAAGUAUGAAAUAAAACUGUCCUUGCUUUUGACA